AUGACGAGCCUCAGCUACAGCUGCAUUGCCAACGGUCGCACCGUGCUCGCCGAGCUCAGCUUGCGGGGGGGCUGCUUCCGGGAUGCUGCUUCAUCAGUGGUAAAUUUAGUUCUUCACAAAGGCUUGAAAAAAACCACAGCUCACAUUGGAAGCUUUGUGUACCAUGCCCUGCUAGUUAAUGGAAUUACAUACCUAUGUGCUACAAACAACACCUUAGACAGCACAGGACCAUUUGCCUUUCUUAAAGAGAUUUGCAAAGCUUUCAUUGGUAGCCCCUUGAUAUCACAAGUGACCUUUGCUCAUCCAUUUGAAUUCAACGCAGAUUUUCAACAGCUGCUGGGGAAAUUCAUGAUGGAGUACAAUAGGAAGUCAGGUGACAUUGUAAUUUCUACCCUGCAAAUUCAAGUUGAUGAUGUCAAAAAUGUUAUCACCCAAAAUGUUGAUAAGGUUUUGCAAAGAGCAGAAAAGCUGAGUGACCUUGUUGACAGAACAGAUGAUCUCCAAAUAGUGGCUCAUUCUUUCCAAAAAACCACCACAAAGAUUUCCAGGAAGAUGUGGUGGAAAAAUGCCAAAAUGAUGAUAAUUAUUGGAGUCAUUCUACUUAUUAUUUUAAUAUUUAUCAUUCUCCUAGCUACAGGUGUUAUUCCAACAUAAACUUUUGAAUUUUUUUUUGCCAAGCACAAAAUUUUUAUAAAUUGUAUUUUAAAAUUAUUCUAGAGCACAAAUAUUUACGCUGUCAUUUUGUAUAUUGUUCAAAAAGUACUGAACUAUUAACACCUGGUUGCUUGCAUUCUUGAAAGUAAUCUACUACAGUAUUUUCAUCCAAACGGAGUAUGUGGGGUGUCAUUUUCUCCACUCUUGAUGUAGUGAAACAGAUGCAGAGAGGUUAAAUGAUGUUUAAACCACAGGCUGUAAUAACAGAUUGCUUAACUAUUA